AUGACAUCAAAAAAUGAAGGAAUUGAAAUUCAAAAUGAGUCAGAAAUUUCUCGAGUUAAAAAGUGUUAUAGGAGUCAUGACGUGUCAACAAAACUCGAAGCAAUUGAUUGGGCAAAGAAAAAUUCCAUUCAUUCAGCCUCAAGAAAAUUUGAUGUUGAUCGAAAAAUAAUCAGAAAUUGGAUGAACAGUGAAAAGGAACUUGAACAACUUGAGCAACAGAACAACCUAACAGGUGGACAAAAUCGUAAGAGACUGGCAGGAGGCGGUCGUAAAGUUUCUCAUCCGGGCAUAGAAAAGGAGUUGUCAGAUUGGUUGAAUGAAAUGACUGAAAGGAAUAUGAUUGACUUUAAUCCUUAA